AUGGCUGGCGAGUGGUCCGAGCAUCAAGACACCGCAACUGGAAAGAGCUACUACUCCAACAAGCUUACCAAAGAGACUACCUGGGAGCGCCCCCAGGCCCUCGUCAAGGCUGAUUGGCUGGAGCUCAAAGACCCGGAUAGUGGGAAGACUUACUACCACAACAAGUUCACCAACGAGACGUGCUGGCAGCGGCCAGCGAUACUUGCGAAGGAUGACUGGGCGCAGCACACGGAUCCGAAAACGAACAAAACUUUUUAUUUCAACAAGCUCACUCAAGAGACCACGUGGGAGAGGCCCGCUGUAUUGGCUCGGGAUGACUGGGCAGAGUACAAGGACUCAGCAACUGGGAAGAUAUACUAUUCAAAUAAGCUCACUGGCGAGACGUCUUGGGAUAGGCCGGUGGUCCUUGCAAGAGAAGACUGGGUCAAGCACACAGAUCCGAAGACGAAUAAAACCUUCUACGUCAACCAGCGCACCCAGGAGACCACUUGGGACAAGCCAUCUGUGCUUGAAAAGGAUGAGUGGGUUGAGUACAAGGACCCGGCGACUGGACAGAUGUAUUUCUGCAAUAAGAUCACGAGAGAGACAACAUGGGAAAAGCCAGCCGUGCUUGCGAAAGAUGAUUGGUCUGAGCACAAGGAUCCAGCGUCUGGGAAGACGUAUUACUGCAACAGGCUCACCAAGCAGACUUGCUGGGAGAGGCCGGCGGUACUUGCCAAGUGUGACUGGGUCGAGUACAGCGACGCAGCUACGGGCAAGACCUGGUACUACAACAAGCAUACUGAAGAGACUUCAUGGGAGAAGCCAGCGGUGCUUCGAAACGGCGAGGCAUCCGAGCACACGCCGGCUCCGCAGUUUCCGGAAAAGCCGGCGCUGCCCAAGGAGGCCGAGAUCAAAAAGCCGUCUUCGACGACGACCACUGCGACUGCGAGUACGAACGCGCCUGCGAGUACGGCCGCGACUGCGACUACGACCGCGAGUACGUCGUCGCAACCAGAAGUUCAAUCUGCCUCACAGGCAGUCCCAGUGAAAUCCAAGGACAUAUUGGGGCUGCCAACUGCAAUACCUGAGCACUGGUCUGACGCCAAUGAGAUGUCCUCUCAAGGCUGGUCGGUGAUCCCUGUGGACAAUGAGACGCUGCAGUGCAUCAAGGGCCUGUUUGUCGUCACGAAGCCUGGGGAGCUGGGCAGAGGUAGGGAUGCACACGAGUAUUCGCGAGCCUACCAGAACCUCGAGGUGGUGUGUGCCUGGCGCCUGGAACAUCCGACGCACUGGCUGAAGUAUGCAGCAGAACGGAAUGCGGUGAACUCAAACAUGGCGCAGCUGCGACGGCAGAAGAUCGAGCUGACUAGCUGGAAGAGCAAGCUGGAGGAUGCCUCUGGCAGCAUGCCUGGCAGCCUGUUUUCGCAAGUCGGCGAGCGAUACCUGCUACAUGGGACGAGCCCGCAGAGUGUGCUCGACAUUCUCCACCAAGGAUUCAGUGACAAGCUCGCCAGCCUCAGUGGCAUUUUCGGCGCCGGAAGCUAUUUCGCCGAAGAUCCGGAGAAAAUAGACCAGUACACACAGCCGGAUGUUGGCUACAAGACCACUGGUUUGGAGGAGCUGCAUGCGCAGCUCUUCGCCGAUGAGGGCAAUGUGCACCCAGGAGAGGAUAUCUUCUACUGCUUCGUGGUACGAGCGACCUGUGGGGCGGCCCUGGUCACCGAAGGUUUGGAUCACGACAGGCUGAAGGACGUCAACACCAACAAGCAGGUUUUCCUGCGGUCUGAUCGUCGGCAGCUCUGCCACAUCCCUGGUGCCACUCCGUCCAUUUCUUACCACACCCUCGUUGUGGACGUUGCGAAAAGGAAGGUCCCAACGUCUGUCCUCCGGUUUCGGGAAAUUGUCCUUUUUGAGGACACCCGCGUUUACCCGGAAUAUCUGAUUGCGUACCGAAGGGUCUGA